CAGCGCGCGCUCCUGCAGCCCCGGCAGAGUCCCGGCGCGGAGCGCCCGCGUAGGCAGGCGCCCGGGGCAGCCUUGCGUCCUCGCCGCGCGGCUUGAGAACCCCCUGGCCCUGGGCGAGCGGGCUGGGCUGUGCAGCCCCCGAGGCUAACUGGGCGGGAUCGCAGCUGCAGGGGUUGUGCGAGCAGCCACGGCGGCACCUGUGUCCUGCGGGCACCCACCCUGCCCCUGCCGAGGCAGGCGCCCACCGCUGGCGGUGAUGCGGCUGUGAAGCCCUAGUCGAUUAACGUGCCAGUGUCAGGUGGACCCACAGCCAUCCCACCGCCCCCUCUGGGAGUGCUGAGAGUGAGGCAGCAUGGAGGAGAGGAAGCAUGAGACCAUGAACCCAGCUCAUGUCCUCUUUGACCGGUUUGUCCAGGCCACCACCUGCAAGGGAACCCUCAAGGCCUUCCAGGAGCUCUGUGACCACCUGGAACUGAAGCCAAAGGACUACCGCUCCUUCUAUCACAAGCUCAAGUCCAAGCUUAACUACUGGAAAGCCAAAGCCCUCUGGGCGAAGUUGGACAAACGGGGCAGUCACAAAGACUACAAAAAGGGAAAAGCAUGCACCAACACCAAGUGUCUCAUCAUUGGGGCUGGCCCCUGUGGUCUCCGUACAGCCAUCGACUUAUCCUUACUGGGGGCCAAGGUGGUUGUUAUUGAGAAACGAGAUGCCUUCUCCCGCAACAACGUCUUGCAUCUCUGGCCAUUCACCAUACAUGAUCUACGAGGUCUGGGUGCCAAGAAGUUCUAUGGCAAGUUCUGUGCCGGAGCCAUCGACCAUAUCAGUAUCCGUCAGCUCCAACUAAUACUUUUGAAAGUAGCCUUGAUCCUAGGCAUUGAAAUCCAUGUCAAUGUGGAAUUCCAAGGACUUAUACAACCUCCUGAGGACCAAGAGAAUGAACGGAUAGGCUGGCGGGCACUGGUGCACCCCAAGACUCAUCCUGUGUCAGAGUAUGAAUUUGAAGUGAUCAUCGGUGGGGAUGGUCGGAGGAACACCUUGGAAGGUAUUGGUCUGUGCUCCUCUGCCUGACUCAUAGCAGAGGGGAAAGCGGAUGCUAUCAAAGGAAUAGCUGCCCUGAUGCACCUUCAUCUCAGCAAACUCUUACAUGCACACAUUUGUCUUCUGGCCCUAGGUAUUGACUUGGAGAACAUCGUUUACUACAAAGAUGACACACACUAUUUCGUUAUGACAGCCAAAAAGCAGAGUUUGCUGGACAAAGGAGUGAUACUACAUGACUACGCCGACACAGAGCUCCUGCUUUCCCGAGAAAAUGUGGACCAGGAGGCUCUGCUCAGCUAUGCCAGGGAGGCGGCAGACUUCUCCACCCAACAGCAGCUGCCGUCUCUGGAUUUUGCCAUCAAUCACUAUGGGCAGCCUGACGUGGCCAUGUUUGACUUCACUUGUAUGUAUGCCUCCGAGAACGCCGCCUUGGUGCGGGAGCAGAACGGACACCAGUUACUAGUGGCUCUGGUCGGGGACAGCCUCCUAGAGCCUUUCUGGCCAAUGGGAACAGGAAUAGCCCGGGGCUUUCUAGCUGCUAUGGACUCUGCCUGGAUGGUCCGAAGUUGGUCUCUAGGAACAAGCCCUUUGGAAGUGCUGGCAGAGAGGGAAAGUAUUUAUAGGUUGCUGCCUCAGACCACCCCUGAGAAUGUGAGUAAGAACUUCAGCCAGUACAGUAUCGACCCAGUCACUCGGUAUCCCAAUAUCAACGUCAACUUCCUCCGGCCAAGCCAGGUGCGCCAUUUAUAUGAUACUGGCGAAACAAAAGAUAUUCACCUGGAAAUGGAGAGCCUGGUGAAUUCCCGAACCACCCCCAAAUUGACUCGCAAUGAGUCUGUAGCUCGUUCAAGCAAACUGCUGGGUUGGUGCCAGAGGCAGACAGAUGGCUAUGCAGGGGUAAACGUGACAGAUCUCACCAUGUCUUGGAAAAGUGGCUUGGCCCUUUGUGCAAUUAUUCAUAGAUACCGCCCGGACUUGAUAGAUUUUGAUUCUUUGGAUGAGCAAAAUGUGGAGAAGAAUAACCAACUGGCCUUUGACAUUGCUGAGAAGGAGUUGGGCAUUUCUCCCAUCAUGACAGGCAAAGAAAUGGCCUCCGUGGGGGAGCCCGAUAAGCUUUCCAUGGUGAUGUACCUGACUCAGUUCUACGAGAUGUUUAAGGACUCCCUCCCCUCUAGCGACACCUUGGACCUAAAUGCGGAGGAGAAAGCAGUCCUGAUAGCCAGCACCAGAUCCCCUAUCUCCUUCCUAAGCAAACUUGGCCAGACCAUCUCUCGGAAGCGUUCUCCCAAGGAUAAAAAGGAAAAGGACUUGGAUGGUGCUGGGAAGAGGAGAAAGACCAGUCAAUCAGAGGAGGAGGAAGCUCCCCGGGGCCAUAGAGGAGAAAGACCGACCCUGGUGAGCACUCUGACAGACAGGAGGAUGGACGUUGCCGUUGGGAACCAGAACAAAGUGAAGUACAUGGCAACCCAGCUGCUGGCCAAAUUUGAAGAGAACGCACCCGCACAGUCGGUCGGCACACGGAGACAGGGCUCCAUGAAGAAGGAGUUCCCACAGAACCUGGGAGGCAGCGACACGUGCUACUUCUGCCAGAAGCGGGUCUACGUGAUGGAGAGGCUGAGCGCCGAGGGCAAGUUCUUCCACCGGAGCUGCUUCAAGUGCGAGUACUGCGCCACCACCCUGCGCCUGUCGGCCUACGCCUACGACAUCGAGGAUGGUAAAUUCUACUGUAAGCCACACUACUGCUAUCGACUCUCUGGCUACGCACAAAGGAAGAGACCAGCGGUGGCUCCCCUGUCUGGAAAGGAGGCCAAAGGACCCCUGCAGGAUGGCCCCACCACAGACGCAAACGGACGGGCCAACGCCGUGGCCGGCUCGACUGAGAGAACCCCAGGUUCAGGCGUGAACGGCCUGGAGGAGCCCAGCAUCGCCAAGCGGCUGAGGGGCACCCCAGAGCGGAUUGAGCUGGAGAACUACCGCCUUUCCCUGAGGCAGGCCGAGGCGCUGCAGGAGGUGCCCGAGGAGACUCAGGCCGAGCACAACUUGAGCAGCGUGCUGGACACGGGCGCCGAGGAGGACGUUGCCAGCAGUAGUUCCGAGUCUGAGAUGGAGGAGGAGGAGGACGAGGAGGAGGAGGAGCCUCGCCUGCCCCCCUCUGACCUGGGUGGCGUUCCGUGGAAGGAGGCCGUGCGGAUCCAUGCACUUCUCAAAGGGAAAAGUGAAGAGGAGCUAGAGGCCUCGAAGAGCUUUGAGCCUGGGAAUGAAGAGGAGGAGGAGGAGGAAGAAUAUGAAGAGGAGGAGGAGGAGGACUAUGACGAGGAGGAGGAAGAGUCCAGUGAAGCCGGGAACCAGAGGCUCCAGCAGGUCAUGCAGGCGGCGGAUCCUCUGGAGAUCCAGGCUGACGUGCACUGGACUCAUAUCCGUGAGAGAGAGGAGGAAGAGAGGAUGGCGCCGGCCUCUGAGUCCUCUGCUUCCAGAGCUCCGUUGGAUGAGAAUGACCUAGAGGAAGAUGUGGACUCGGAACCAGCUGAGAUAGAAGGGGAGGCAGCAGAGGAUGGGGACCCAGGAGACACUGGUGCUGAGCUGGAUGAUGAUCAGCACUGGUCUGACAGCCCAUCGGAUGCUGACAGAGAGCUGCAUUUGCGGCACGCAGCUGAGGGGGCAGCAGAGCCGGAGCUGAGGGUAUCAGAAGAUGAGGAGAAGCUGCCCGCCUCACCGAAGCACCAAGAGAGAGGUCCCUCCCAAGCCACCAGCCCCAUCCGGUCUGCCCAGGAAUCAGCUCUUCUGUUCACUCCAGUCCACAGCCCCUCAACAGAGGGGCCCCGACUCCCACCUGUCCCUGCCGCCACCCGGGAGACAUUACCUGAGGAUCGCCUUUUCCCUGAGCCUUUGCUCCCCAAAGAGAAGCCCAAAGCUGAUGCCCCCUCAGAUCCGAAAGCUGUGCACUCUCCCAUCCGAUCGCAGCCAGUAGCCUUGCCAGAAGCCAGGACUCCGGCCUCACCAGGGAGCCCGCAGUCCCGGCCGCCCGUGGCAGCCUCCACGCCCCCACCCAGCCCACUCCCCAUCUGUUCCCAGCCCCAGCCUUCCACCGAGGCCACUGUCCCCUCCCCUACCCAGUCCCCCAUACGCUUCCAGCCUGUCCCAGCCAAAACAUCCACCCCACUGGCCCCUCUCCCUGUCCAAAGCCAAAGUGACACCAAGGACAGGCUGGGCAGCCCCCUUGCUGUGGACGAGGCCCUCAGAAGGAGUGACCUGGUGGAGGAGUUCUGGAUGAAGAGCGCGGAGAUCCGCCGCAGCCUUGGGCUCACCCCUGUGGACCGCAGCAAGGGGCCUGAGCCCAGCUUCCCCACGCCUGCCUUCAGGCCAGUGUCCCUCAAAUCCUAUUCCGUUGAAAAGUCCUCCCAGGAUGAGGGACUCCACCUUCUCAAGCCUCUGUCUGUCCCCAAAAGGCUGGGCCUGCCAAAGCCAGAGGGCGAGCCUUUGUCCCUGCCAACCCCCCGGUCCCCGUCGGACAGAGAGCUGCGGAGCGCCCAGGAGGAGCGCAGGGAGCUGUCCAGCAGCUCUGGCCUGGGCCUGCACGGGAGCUCCUCCAACAUGAAGACACUGGGCAGCCAGAGCUUCAACACCUCGGACUCCGCCAUGCUCACGCCACCCUCCAGCCCGCCCACUGAGGACUCAAGCUUGCAGGAGAAGUUCUUCACGCCCCCGUCCUGCUGGCCGCGCUCGGAGAAGCCUCCCCACCCGCCCCUGGGCAAGGAGAACGGGAGGCUGCCUGCUCGGGAGGGGGCGCUGCAGCCACAGAAGAGGGGGCUGCCCUUGGUCUCCGCGGAAGCCAAGGAGUUGGCCGAGGAGCGCAUGCGAGCCCGAGAGAAGUCCGUGAAGAGCCAGGCGCUGCGGGACGCCAUGGCCAGGCAACUGAGCAGGAUGCAGCAGAUGGAGCUGGCCACGGGCGCCCCCAGGCCCCGCAAGGCAUCCUCAGCACCCUCCCAGGGCAAGGAGCGCCGGCCCGACUCCCCCACACGUCCCACUCUCAGGGGCUCCGAGGAGCCCACCCUGAAGCAUGAAGCCAUCAGCGAGGAGGUCCUCUCCGCGCCGUCGGACUCGGGGGGCCCAGAUGGCUCUUUCACUUCAUCCGAGGGCUCCAGUGGGAAGAGCAAGAAGAGGUCAUCACUCUUCUCCCCCCGCAGAAACAAGAAGGAGAAGAAGUCCAAAGGCGAGGGCCGGGCCCCAGAGAAGCCCAGCCCCAACCUCCUGGAGGAAGCUGCCACCAAACCCAAGUCCCUGUGGAAGUCGGUCUUCUCUGGGUACAAAAAGGACAAGAAGAAGAAGGCCGACGACAAGUCCUGCCCCAGCACCCCCUCCAGCGGGGCCACGGUGGACUCUGGCAAGCACAGGGUGCUUCCCGUCGUAAGGGCAGAGCUGCAGCUCCGGCGCCAGCUAAGCUUCUCCGAGGACUCAGACCUCUCCAGUGAUGAUGUCCUUGAGAGGUCCUCGCAGAAGUCACGGCGAGAGCCAAGAACCUACACAGAGGAGGAACUGAAUGCCAAGCUGACCCGGCGUGUGCAAAAGGCAGCUCGGAGACAGGCCAAGCAGGAGGAGCUUAAGCGGCUGCAUCGAGCCCAGAUCAUCCAGCGGCAGCUGCAGCAGGUGGAGGAGAGGCAGCGGCGGCUGGAGGAAAGGGGCGUGGCUGUGGAGAAGGCGCUCCGGGGCGAAGCAGGCAUGGGCAAGAAGGACGACCCCAAGCUGAUGCAGGAGUGGUUCAAGCUAGUGCAGGAGAAGAACGCCAUGGUGCGCUACGAGUCGGAGCUGAUGAUCUUUGCCCGGGAGCUGGAGCUGGAAGACCGGCAGAGCCGACUGCAGCAGGAGCUCCGGGAACGCAUGGCAGUGGAAGAUCACCUUAAGACUGAGGAGGAGCUGUCUGAAGAGAAGCAGAUUCUCAAUGAGAUGCUGGAGGUGGUGGAGCAGAGAGACUCACUGGUGGCGCUGCUGGAGGAGCAGCGGCUCCGGGAGAGAGAGGAGGACAAGGACCUGGAGGCUGCCAUGCUGUCCAAGGGCUUCAGCCUUAACUGGUCCUGAGCUCACACCCAACGCUCCAUUUUCUGUUGGCAUCCGCCUGGCCGGGUAGUGGCCUCCAAACCACCUGGAGCCGCGAUCUGAGGAGGCCUGGCACCUCCUUGGAGUUUACGCUCAGAUGCCCGUGUGCUGCUUGGAAAGUGGUCGAGUCCCGCGUGCAGUGGGGAGCCCCAGGGGACAGUGGUUAUCUGAGAUGGCGCCACCUCCUGGGAGGAGGCCCACCUGGACCUGCCGCUCAGAGGAGGAGCAUGGUGCGUAUGGCAUGACGCAGGGGACCACCCCGCACGCCCCCUGAGGAUGUGCCGGCUGUGCCCCUUUCUUCCACUGGCACAUUUGGUAAGAGAGGGAAGCUGCUCCCGUCAGAACCACAGUGCGCCACCACAGCCUGCGAGGGGCACUGUCUUCUUCAUGCUCCCUGGAGCACCACCAAAGAGACGUACACAGUACCCCACGAAAGCAGGGUGCGAUUGAGACCCGGGAUGGGGAAGUGUCCAGUCAUGCCCACCCCAGCAUCACAGGAGACACGGAGGUGUGGGCAGGCUCCGGAAUUGAUUAUGCAAAUUAGGAGGACACAGGCGGGGUCCGCUCUCCCGCCGAACACCACACACUGGACCCUAAGUGGCCAAAUGCCGGGGCCUCUCGCUGGCUGCGGCCCGAGGCCUGUGGGUUGCUGCAUUUUGCUUGUAGUUCACCACCAUUUUGACACUGGAAAAUGCUGACUUUGGGGGACAGGAUGAGGCCCUACAUUCUGCGCCCCCAGUUGGCAGACAGGCAUUGUCCCUGUUCCACAUUGAUGCCGGGGCAGGAGGCGGCCUCUUCCUCGGUGUUUUUCCUGUGUUUGCACAUUGAAAUGAAGCUGACAACCUGGCAGGACGCUCAGCCGCUUCAAACCCUUUUUGUCAAUUAACUUAUUUUUUUAAUACUUGAAAAGAAGUAACUUGGUUUGUAUAUCUUUACUAGAGACACUGAUCACUUGAUGCCCGGGUGCGGGAGCCACAGCGGCGUCUGCUGCGUCCCACGCAGCCUGGUCCGGGGCUGCCCAGCACUCGCCACGUGCAUCUAUUUAUUAGCCUUUCUCUUCGUAUCACUGGCCUGGCUGGCAUCAGGGAGCUGCCCAGGACCCCCGUUGGGUCCUGCUCACAGCUUUCUGUCUCCUCCUGCACCUGGCGCCUGCCUCACCCUGGUCUGGACCGCUCACGUGAUGAGGGGGCAUCUCCGUUCUGUUUUGGACCAAGCUAACAGCAGAGCUGCCACUCUCACCCUCCCGAUGAGAAUUCUGGCUCUGCAGAACUCACCGUUUUCUCAGUUUGGGUGCCAGGGCAUCACCUUCCUCCACACGUGUGUUAAAGAAGGUUUCAGGAUGGGCCCUCGUCCACACUGGCCAAGAGGGUGCAGGGUGGGACCCUGGAAUCGUGGCUGGUGAAGUCCCUCCUCCCAGCCUAAGAUUCACCCAGACGGAAACGCGAGAGCUGUAGUGGAUGCUGGGAUGCAGGCUGGCCUCUCUCGAGCAGAUAAGAGACUCCCGCCCUCCCUCCCUCCCAAGGGCGACGAGCACCUGCCUUGUGCCGGAUCUUCAUGGGGCCAUAAAGGGUGGCAAGCCCCGAAUCACUAGCUCCUAUAGCCAAACCGUUCCUUUCUCACGGUUCUGCACCAGCCUGGCUGUGUACAGCUCAUCAAGCCACUGAGCUAAUCGGGGGUGGGGUCCUUGUCCAUCAAAGCAGUUAGCGCAUAGUCCAGCCAGGAGCCCCCCGGGCUAGACCCACCUGCCCCUAGGGGUGCUCCAGCCGCCUUACGCCUCCCUGGGCUGGGGCCAGCUGGGAGCAGAGGCCUGGCGCCUCCAAGGCAUCCCGUAGCGGAGCAGCCCGAGGGGCCGUGCUGACCUUGGGCUUUCCAUGGGAACCACACUGUGCCUCAACUUGAACAUUCAUCCCAACUGCAAAGGAGCAAAGAACCUGUGUCAUCCCUGUCCGGAAGCUGCCAUCUCUCUCCCGUGCACAUCCAGGAAGUACGCUGCUAGUGGCCGCCAUAGCUCUGAUUCUCCUCCACCUGCUCUCACGUGAGGCAAAGGUCUCCUUUUCUCUUUACUUAAAAAAGGGGAGAGGAGGGUUCCUAGAUUCCAUCUUCAAACCCCAGUCUUCCCAUAAAAUUGGAUGUGGGAAAAGACCUUCACUGCGGUGUGGCCUGUCCCAGACCUCUCCUAUCGAAGGCCACAAAACCAGUCCAGGCUCGGCAGAGCCGCCUUUGGCCCUUGUAGCUCCUGCUGGCCCCACAACGGGGAAGCAGUUUGCAAAGUGGCUCAGAAGGAGUGUGGCCUAGGAAUCUGCUACAAGUGGCUGGGUGUAGCAGGAGAGCCCAGCGUCACCUCCUGGUCCUGGUCAGCCUUAACACUGUGGCAUCCUCCGCAGCACACACAGCGGCCUGCAGUCUGGAAAGCGGACCCGAGCCUUUGCAGAAAGGCGCCAUGGAGCCGCAGGCCCGCACAGCAGCCCCAGCCUCCCACUCCUGACUGUGAGAACAUCGGUUCUAGGAGAGCACUUUGUUUAAAGCUCCCAUUUUGUAACCACUCGUUUGCAGUUGACUUGAGUACUCUGGUGACUUGCUGCGUGAAGCCAUCUCCAGGCAGGUUUUCUUUCCAAGAGUUAAGUCUUCCCUUGAAGGCAGGGAAGCAGGAUGGAUACACAUGUAUCAUACACAUAAAGUACCAGGCGCAGGAGCAGCCCGAACUCGAGGCUGACUAAACUGGAGGCUGCACCGUGGAGGUCUGCAUGCAGCCUCCCUGGAGGGCAGGGAGGGGGCGCUCCCGCCCCUGGGCUUGAGGGUGCCGCUCCCCGUGGGCUUCCAGGCCUGCCCAGGUGAUGCCUUCAGGCCUUUGCCCCUGGCGGCCAUCUUCAGGCCGAUUUUGACCAGCAAUGAUAGACUCUUCUUAACCCUUUCAAAAAAUUUUUUUCAGUAGGACAGGAAGCAGAGUUAAAAAACAUUUUUUUAAAGGUGGUAACAUCUGACCCAUGAAGGGUAUGGGUCUGUUUUACGCUAAAUAAACGUUUUUCAAA